GAUUUAAACUAGCAUUCGCGUCGGACUGUUUGUGGAUUCAGGAUAUACGAGUGUCUGCUGGUUAAACGGUUUACUGUAUUUAGUUGUCAUUUUAAGGUGACUGGAGGCACUAAAUUGAAGUACGAUUCCGGUGUGAAUAUGGACGGGGGCUCUACUUAUUCAUACGCAUGGGAUGCCCCUACACAUGUUUUGGAGUCUAUAGAUGAUUUCGCCCUGGACCCUCAGGAUAAUGCGGACAAGUGGUUUGGUUUGCAGGCGGCUAGUGAAAGUGGUGUUAAGGAACAGCUCACCACCCCUUUACGGACUAAACCUUUUGAUGAACCUGUUGAUACCAACAAGCCAAAAGCUAUGGUGUCUCCCUUGGUCAGGCAAGAGCCGACGAGCUCAGAAAGCACCUCUACAGACAUCCCGUCUAAUAUAGUCACAUCAUGGGGAAACAGCAGAACUACUGGAGCACCUGGUCAGGGCCCCAAGUCUGUUCUUGCACAGCCACGCAGGGUGUCUAAACGGCCUUUGCCCAAAAACGAAAAGCCUACAGUUGUCACAACACCUCCUUCUGUCAAGAAAAGACGAAGCUCUACAUCCAGAACGGUGAGACGCAGUGGUGCUGGAGUCAGGAGCAGUGUCCGACUGAAGGCUAAACCAGCCAUUUCAAAGACCACAGAUAUUGCUUCCAAUACUACUCAUCAGAAAAGCACAGAGCAGCAGGAACUAGAGCGCAUUGAGGCUCUGCAAAAAGAGGUGGCAGAACAACGACGUAAGAAUGAGGCCAGUUACAGAGCUGCGCUGGCAGGAAGUCAGCCUGUAAAGAAGCAAGUGCUCUCUACCACCAUUCCCAAAGAGUUCAACUUCCGCACAGAUAGCCGGCUGAAGAACCACAAGGAUGGUGUCUCAGUAGUGGACCACUCCUACAAGGAGACAACCUUCACCUCUCAGCUUCGCAAGCACCCAUCUUCCCCGUUGAAGGCUCCAAAGGGAACCACUAUUCCCAAACCCUUCAAUCUCUCCAGAGGCAAGAGGAAGCACGAUGACACUGGAGUCUAUGUGCCAAUGGCCCAACAGGUCGAGCAGUUCCAGAAGCGCACACCCACCCGAUAUCACCUUCGCAGUCGUCAGAGCCAGGAGAGAGGGCCAUCACCUCUGAAGACAGAUAAGUCAAAAAUCACACAUCCCAAAACGCCACAGCUACUCACUCAGCAGAGACAUCGUCCCACAACAGUGAAAAGCACUGCAGAGCUGGAGGCUGAGGAAGUGGAAAAACUGCAGCAGUUUAAGUUCAAAGCUCUAGAACUUAACAGAAAGAUACUGGAAGGGGCUUUGGUUCCUAAAAAGCCAGCUUGUAAAGAAAAGACUAAGCCUGAGGGCUUCCAGUUGGAGAUUGAGAAGAGACUUCAGGAAAGGCAGACCAGUAAGAAGCCUGAGGAAAAAGAGGACCACACAUUCCAUUCCAGACCGCUGCCAACCCGGAUUCUGGAGGAAGUUGUGGGAGUCCCUGAGAAAAAAAUGAUAAACCCAACUGUUCCAGAAUCACCAGCGUUUGCUCUUAAAAAUCGUGUGCGUCUAGAAAAGAAAAAAGAAGAGGAAAAGCCUCCUGCUCCAAUUAAGGCACUAGCUGUCCCUCACUACCUGCCCUUCCAGCCCAAACCUCCAGUCAAGAGUCAGGUAGAAAUGUGCCCGUUCUCAUUUGAGGAACGUGAUCGUGAACGAAAGAUAAUGAAGGAAAAGAAACUGGAGGAACUGAGACACGAAGAGGUGCCGAAGUUCAAGGCUCAACCCCUUCCUGACUUCCAUGAAGUGCAUCUGCCUGAGAAAAAGGUACAAGAGGCCACCAAACCGGCUCCUUUCAAACUGAUGAUUGAUGAACGAGGAGCGGCAAGAAGUGAACGCUGGGAGCAGAUGAUGAAAGAGGAGUUGAAACAUCAGGCUGAAGCAGCAUGUUUCAAAGCAAGGCCAAACACCGUAUCCCACAAAGAACCUUUUGUACCAAAGAAGGAGAAUCGUUCCAUCCUGGCCAAUACUACUAAUUCUGCAGUCCCAGAGGGCUUUCAGUUGGCAACAGAGCGAAGAGCCAAGGAGCGCAUGGAGUUUGAGAAGGAGUUAAGCGAGAGGGAGGCCCUGAGGGCUCGUAUGGAGGAGGAGCGGGCCAGAGAACGAGAGCAGCAAGAAAAGGAGGAGAUUGCAAGACUGCGACAGGAACAGGUGUGCAAGGCCCAGCCAAUCAGACACUACAAACCAGUAGAGCUGAAAAAGAGUGAUGUAUCCCUCACAGUGCCCCAGUCACCAAACUUUUCUGAUCGUUUCCGCAUGUAAAUGCAACUUAUGUUGACUUAAUUGUACAGUUUUCUUGUGUUUUGACUUGUUUUAUAUCUUUCUAUAAUGUCUUUUUAUGGGAAUAUUUAGAGGAGUUUUUAUCUGUCUGUGGCGAAUGCAUUAAACCUUUUUAGUGCUCCAGUGAACAUUUUAUAUAGUUGGGUGAGACUUCUGCCCCAGCUCAACUUCCUUUUCAACUUUCCCUGUACUUUUUUUAGCUUUCCCUUCCAUAUCUAAAUAAAUCUUUGAAAACACA